CAGUAGUUUUACUUUUUACUAAAGGAAGCUCACAUCAUCCAGCAGGAAAGGGGGUGUGGGAACUGGGAAGGGAAACACUGGAAGGAGAAGUACAAACUCGAAUGUGGAAAGCUUCCAGCAGGAUUGUGAGUCACAUUGUAUCUAGGCUGCUGCCAAACUUUGGGAGAGCUGAUCUGACAGUCCCUGAGACAUGAUUUAGUUCCCAUGACAUUUAACCAGCAGCCUGGCUAAGGAUCGGAUCAUGUGAGACCACAGGCUGAAUAGCCACAUCAUGAUCGAGCCAGAUGGAUAUGAACGGAGACAGGUGGAGCCCUUGAUCUUAUCUAGCCUUGUAUACUGCAUUCUCCUUUUCUGGACCAAAGAGGCAUCUGCCCUGGCCGACUUCUCAGGUUAUCUGACCAAGCUGCUGCAGAAUCACACAGUGUCCGCUUGUGACGGUGAACAUCUGACCCUGCAGUGUCCUCGUCAUUCCACUAUCAGUGUUCAGUCUGCAUUCUAUGGGCUCCUUGGGGAGAGUUACCAAAAGUGUACAGAACAUUCUCCGGAGACAAUGCACCUAUCCAAUACCCAAUGCCUAGCGAAGACAGCAUUCCAGAAAGUACUGGAUGAAUGCCAGAAUAUAAGAUCCUGCCAACUUCCAGUGAAUAGUCGUGUUUUUGGGCCGGACCCAUGUCCGGGAAUAACCAAAUAUCUGCAGGUGUCUUACAAGUGCAAACCAACUGAAUACAAAUCUAUUUCCGUCUGUGAAAAUAAUCAGUUGAAGCUUCACUGCAAGGAGCCCAAACUUCUCAAUAUCUAUUCAGCAGUCUAUGGAAGAUUUGCUCAUGAAAAGAAUUCUUGUCUUGUAGAAAUGGACCAGUUAACUCCAUAUGACUGCUUGUCUUACGCAGCAUUAGAUGUGCUGUCGCAGAGGUGUUACGGCAAACAGAGAUGCAAAAUGAUGGUCAGUGAUGGACACUUUGGAAGUCCCUGUAUGCCUGGAGUUAUCAAAUCUCUAACUAUAAAUUAUUCUUGUGUUCCAAAAAUCAUACUGUCUGAGGUUGAUCCAAAGGUUUCUCAUGUAAUUCCGUCUUUGAAGCAGAAUGACGGUGAAUAUGACCUAAAACUUAACCCUCAUGAAUCCAGACUCCCUAACAGAGACGUCCUGUUUGUCAGUAGCUGCCUUGCUGCCAUUGCAUAUAUACGAGAUCAUCCUGAAACAGCUGCUCUAUUCUUCGUGUCAAGCGUUUGCAUCGGUUUGCUCGUUACCCUGUUUGCACUUGUGAUCCGAGUUUCAUGGAGGAAAGACUUGCGCAAUCUCCAGAAAAUGAACGGUCACGUUGUAACUGAGAAGGACUGUGAAGAUACGGCAGUAUCCAGCAGCGAUGAGGAGGAAGAUGCUUCAUCGCAAUCCCACUUCUCAGAGGAGUUUAGAGAGCUGUGCAAAAACUCACAUCCAAUUAAUAACAGAAUGGAUGCGGCAGACUUGGCCGAAAGGAUAGAACGGCGGGAACAAAUAAUACAGGAAAUAUGGAUGAACAGCGGCCUAGACUUGCCGCCACAUAAACAAACUAAUUUCUACUUUUAAUCAGAACACUGAAUGUCAUUCUCAGAAGAAAUAAUAUUGAUGUCUCCCUUUACCCUUCUGUGAAGGAAAAGAGUUCAGUUUAAAAAAUAUAAUUUCUAUGACAUAAUACUGAGAUUUUUAUUAUAUUUUUAUACAAUUUUUUAUUUAUCUAGAUAUACAAAUAAUACAACAUUGUUGUUGGCCAUGCUACACUGAGAAAAGAAUGAUAUUUUGUGUAAUGAUUUGGUAUUGUUCCCAUGUCCAAAGGUGUUUAGAGAACUCUUUGUCUAAUUAUUAGGAAUGUCAAGCAUUUAUCGCUUCAUUGCACAAGAAGACACAAUUGUUGAGUGCUACCACUAUGAGUUGUAAACUUAAUCUGAAAGUGCUCUUUAUAAUAAAUCAUAACAUAGUUAAACUAAA